AUGAAGGGCACUCGUAGUGGACGAGGCCGUGGACGUGGGAGUAGGCAACCUUCUGAUAGAGGCACUGCGGAAACCUUGACUGGACCAAACCCUGAACCUUGGAUAGAUCCAAAUGUCCAGUUAGCUGCCGCUAUGCAGCAAAUGACCGACUUGCUAGCCCAUGUGGUGCAACAACAGGGCCACAACCCUAACCCACCUGUCGGAAAUCCCGAAAACCCUAGGAAUCACGUAGAAAGUGAGGAUCGAGCUCUUGAAAGGUUCCAAAAGUUCUCCCCACUAAAGUUUCUUGGAGAGUCCAAUCCCGAUGUGGCUGAAAGAUGGUUGGAAAAGAUGGUGGACAUCUUUGCAGCCUUACAUUACUCCGAAGAGAGGCAGGUUACUUUUACGGUCUUCCAAUUAGAAGGGACCGCUCGCUCUUGGUGGAAUGUUAUUCGAAUCAAGUGGGAGAGAGAGCAAACACCCAGAACGUGGGUGAACUUUAUAAGAGAAUUUAACGCCAAGUACUUUCCGCCCUUGAUCCAAGAAAAGAAGAAGGACGAGUUCAUCCGACUUAACCAGGGCACCCAAUCCGUGGCUGAAUACGAAAGCCAGUUUACCCGAUUAGCCAAGUUCGCCCCUGAACUUAUUAUGACUGAACAAAGAAGGGUACGAUGUUUCAUUCAGGGGCUAAAUGUGGAAAUCCAAAAGGAUUUAGCCGUGACCCAGAUUAACACUUUUAGUGAUGUGGUGGGUAAGGCUUUGCGAGCCGAGAACGCAAGGUUUCAAGUUUGGAAUUUUCAAGUGAGGAAACGUGGGUUUUCCAGAGGUAGUUCUACGCAGGGGGAUAAGAGUACCCCUCCCAAAUUUGGCCGUGGAGCUGGAGGAGGACGAGUUUCAGGUACGGCAAGAGGGACUCCGCCAAGAGGUGGCCAGACGGGACGAGGCCAACAAAGGAGUGCCUCACAAGGGAGCUCCGCCACUGGUUCUCGUGGCCCGUGUGGGUUCUGUGGGAAACCGAACCACACGGAGGAUAACUGCUCGAGAAAGGAGAAUAAGUGCUUUUGCUGUGGGAGCGCGAAGCACCAGAUAGCCAGCUAUCCAGUUCACCCCCGAGAGGCGAGAGGGAUCACACAAUCUUCUAAGGCGACUUCAGCGUAA